AUGGCGUGUAGGAAUGCCAGCCCUCUUCUUCGCCUGCCCCGCGAACUGCGCGAUCGGAUCUACACAUACGCCCUUCACGAGUCAGACGGCCUCAUUUUCCAUCGGGAAGAUGACUACAAGGCAUACUUCUGUACCGAUUGGCGCCAACCACGGGACGCCAAUCAGCUAAAGUACACUUGCUGGCAGCUUCGCUCGGAGACACUCAAAGUCGAAUGGCAGCUCAAUGACCUCGUCUUUCUGUGCCACCCGGAACGACGCGGCAAGUUUAUGGAAAGAACACCCCCUGUACAGCUCUUAGGCUUCCUAGAUAUGUGCAGUGAAAGUUGGAGACAGCAAAUUCGUUGCAUCGUUCUGUUGGCUCAAGAACAUUUUGGGAACUACGGCAGCCUCUCAGAUUUGAGUCGCCACGUCCAUGAUGUAAACCUCGUCGCCCUCACCAGCGAGAACUAUCCUCACAUGACCGUGAGAUGGCACCUCAAUCUUGAACAGAACUCGCUGAGCGAUCUUAUCAUGUACGGCCUCGUAGUAGUACGAGGUCUUCGUGGCAAUGUCGUCGCCGUAGAGAAUAUCCUCAAAGAGCUAGGAAUGAAACCCGAGUCUGUCAGAAUGGGGUCAUUCUUGCAGUCUUGGUGUCGCGAAUGGAGGCGCUGCUGUGGUUUCAAUGCGUACGAGAACGUACUUCCGGAGAGAAGAUUCCGCAUCAUUCCUUUCGGUGAGAUUAUGGACGCAGAAGACGUUCGCAUGAAGAUGGGCUGGCGCAAGGCUGAAGAUGAUCCCACUCACUGGGAUGCUCCAGGGGCCGUAGGUGCUCACUUCUUCGAGAAGCGUCUUGCUCUUGCGAUGGAAUGGGCAAGAGAUGGGUUCUAG